AAAAAAUGUAGUUUGCGAGAACCGGUGAAAUGGAUUUAGUAAAUAGGAUUAAUAUUGUAUUCAUUUUAUUAUUUAUCAAUGAAAUUAUUGGUUUUGAUGAAGCGCAAGAUCUAUCGGAUUCCGUAAUUAACGACUUAUAUAAAAAAUACAAGGAAGCUUUAAAUAGAGAUGGAGAUUUGGUGAUAUUAAGACGUCAAUUUGAUCAGAAUCAACUAUUUGAAAUACACGUUAAAAAGUUAAAAGAAGUGAAUGGCUACAAACUGCAUAAUCUAAUGAUCAAGGGGAAAGUCAGGUCUGGGAGUCCCUUUAUUUACAUAAACAAUCCAGUUGAAUCAAAACUACCUAACGCCUAUUUGACUUUAGAAGAAUUUAAGGACGCAUUAACUAAGAGGGUUCAGAAGCAUAAAAAAACAACAUUGAAUUUUAUUGACGUAUUUUUCACUACUAAUAAACCAAAGAAACGCCUUCACACGCACUCUUCAACUGUAUUGAAGAAUUCAACCAAUGUUUUGAAGGUCACAAUGAAUCUAAUAAGGUCAUCCUUUAAAUCAUUGAAAGAGGAAAAUAUUAGCAAUUUAAUUACUACAACUAAAGCUGCAAGGUCUAAAAAGUUGUUGGAAACUACAAAUAUUUUGAAUUCUUCUACGACUGAAAUCAAACCAGAUUCAUCUACCGAAGUAACAACUAGAAGUACUUUACAAGCGAGUCUUACUACAGUAAAAAUAAAAGAUUUAAUAUUUUUGCGAACAUUACCAUUUAACUACACCUAUACUGAAAUAGAAAAUUAUAGUAAUAUGUCUGGAAGUUCAAAAUCGUACCAAAACAACACUGUGAACCUUAUAAAUAUAACUAGUUCAAUGAUGGGUCCACUAAUAAAUGAUACAAAACAUAAAAACUCACACCUACUCAAGGAACAGCAGAAAUUAAUCAAAAAUGUUGUAACGGUUGGUUCUAUACCAAUUAAUGUCCAGAGAUAG